CAUUGAUGGAAGUUUUGGAUCUACCAAGUAUAACACACAGAGCAGCCAUAUUCUACAAGACAUUUAAUGGUUUACAAGAAGAUGUGUGUAAAAAUCUGAGGAUCAUUUGGCAGAAAGACCUAGGGUGUGAUCUGAAUGAGGAGCAUUGGUUAAAUAUCUUAUCAAAUACAGGGAAACACAUAAGAGGUCAGAUCAUCUUCUACGAGGACAGGAACUUCCAGGGCCGCUCCUAUGAGUGCAGCAGCGACUGUGCCGACAUGUCCUCCUACCUGAACAGGUGUCACUCCUGCAGGGUGGAGAGAGGCUGCUUCAUGGUGUACGACCGCACCAACUUCAUGGGCAACCAGUACUUCCUGAGGAGGGGCGAGUACGCGGACUACAUGAGCAUGAUGGGGAUGAACGACUGCAUCAAGUCCUGCCGCAUGAUCCCCAUGUACCGUGGCUCAUACAGAAUGAGGAUCUAUGAGAGGGAGAACUUUGGAGGCCAGAUGUCCGAGCUGAUGGACGACUGUGACAAUGUCAUGGAUCGUUACCGCAUGUCCAACUGCAUGUCUUGCCACGUGAUGGACGGACACUGGCUGAUGUAUGAGCAGCCCCACUACAGAGGCAGGAUGAUGUACAUGAGGCCUGGAGAGUACAGGAGCUUCAUGAACAUGGGCAUGGGCAACAUGAAGUUCAUGAGCAUGAAGCGCAUCAUGGACUCUCACUAUUAGAGUCACCAUGGA